CUGCACCUGCACAGAGGGCUCCUCACAUCGAUCUUUCUCCCUCAGGCUGCUUACAAGAGCUGGACUCCGCCCCCUGCAGCAGCUUUGGGAAACCAGGAAACUCAGAGUUCAAGAACUGGGUCCUGAAGGAAGAGAGGGGCCAAGCCAAGCCCACAACCCACAGGCCCCUCGCACUGGCAUCCGGAAGCCCACAGGGAAGAAAGACCCCUCAGGAAGCCAUGGGGCCCUCAGGCCUGCCCGAACCCCAAGAUUCCACCGAGGGGCUGGGCUGGAGCUUGAGCCAGGACAGAACAGAACUUCAGAAACUUCUGGGGAUUGAGAGCCCACAGAGUCAGAGAGAAGAGACCCCCCAGGGUCAGGGAGAGGAGGCCCCCCAGGGUCAGGGAGAGGAGGCCCCCCAGGGGGAGAAUGAAGAAGCUCCUCAGACUCAGACAGGGAGGGCCAACCAGGCUCGGAGUGGGGAGUCUGCUCAGGCUCUGGGACAAGAGGUCUCUGGGGGUCUGGGGUGGGAGACCCCUCAGGGUGAGGACAAAGAUGCUCUUCAAGAUCCGAAAGAAAAUUGCCCUGAGUGCGCGAGAAAGGAGACCCCCCAGAGCCAGGAAAUGAAGGACCUUCCCUUCUCUGCAGGCAGGGGCUGGGUCUCACAAGCCUGGGAGGUGGCUCAGGGAGAGGCACCUGCCCAACCCCGGGAGGAAGGCAAAUCCUGGGGAAGCCCGGGGGACUUCUGCGAGUCUCUGGGAGAACAGAUAUCGCAGUCUGGGAAAAGGGAGGGCCCAGGCCCUGGGGGAAGGGGCGUCCAGCUGACACCGGACAAGACCCACGGCCAUAGACAAGACAAGGCCCUGGCCAUGGGAGAGCAGUGGGCCGGCCGAGGGAAGGCGCUGGCUCCCCUUCAGCUACAGAGGCCCCCGGCCCAGCCGCAGCUCCCAAGCCCAGGAGCUGUGAUGCAGUUGGCCUUGAGUACCAGGGACUCUGAGCAGCAGGAGCGCCCUACUGCUCUCCCGGGGCACUCAGGACUGCUGCGCAAUCCCUCUGGGCUGCAGGACUCGGGAGCGGGCCCAGGUCCCGGGGAGCAGCAGGUGGAUGAAACGAGGGGGCUGGGGGCUGACGGCUCCGUGAGGUUCCCGGGCCCCCUUGAAGGGCAGAGGGGCGCUGCUGAGGGCCCCAAGGCUUCGAAGGCUGCAUGGCCCGGGCUCCCAGGCAAGGAGAAGGCCUCGGGGGGCCUGAGUGCAGCGCAGAGAGAGUCGACCCUGCAGCGGCUGCUGGAGUUGCAGGGCGCGGCCAGGCGCCGGCGGUGGCUGGACCGUGAGCAGCAGCGGCUCCGGGUGCGUCCCCGCCCUGGGUGGGACCACUGGUGGGCUGGGCACAGAAAGGUGGCCGCCGCCCGCUGA